AUGUUUGUGCUUACAUUUCGAGAGCUGAACUUGAUUAAAGAUCAUCAGUACAGUCUUCACAGACUUCUGUUUGACUUUCAUCCUGAACUUCAAGAUCUGGACUCAAAUAUGUAUGAUGAAUAUUUCAUCAGUGGGUCUGUUGAUGUCAAACCUCAUGAAACCGUCUUCUGCUGGAUCUCAUCCACUGUGCUUCAAAACCUCCUGAAACAAGAUCUCAGUGCAGAAAUCCCUCAAACUCUGACUGAAAUGUACAUCUACUUCCUGCUCAUUCAAACAAAUAUGAAGAACCAGAAGUAUGAAGAGAGAGAUCCAGAGAAACUCCUGCAGUCCAACAGAGAAGUGAUUGUGAAACUUGCUGAACUGGCUUUCAAUCAGCUGAUGAAGGGCAAUGUGAUGUUUUAUGAGGAGGACCUGAGAGAGAGCGGCAUAGACGUCAAUGACGCCUCAGUGUAUUCUGGGAUUUGCACUGAGAUCUUUAGAGAGGAAUCUGUGAUUUAUCACAGGAAGGUUUACAGUUUUGUACAUCUGAGCUUUCAGGAGUUUUUUGCAGCACUGUAUGUGUUUUACUGCUAUUUACACAAGAACAGUGAGGUUCUGAAAAUUUUCCUGACAGGAAAGUCGAGAACUCAGUGUGAGAAUAUUCCUCUGGAUGUGUUUCUGAAGGGAGCAAUGAAUAAAGCCUUGAGCAGUAAAAAUGGACACCUGGAUCUUUUCCUUCGAUUUCUUCAUGGCGUCUCACUGGAGUUCAAUCAGAGACUCUUAAAGGAUGUGCUGAGACACACAGAGAACAACCCAGAGAUCAUCAAGAAAAUAAUCCAAAACCUCAAACGAGGUCAAAAAACGAAUGUCAGCCCUGAAAGAUGGAUGAAUCUGUCACACUGCUUGAUUGAGAUGAAAGAUAAUUCUGUUGUUAAAGAAAUGCAGGCAUUUUUAAACUCUAAAACAAAAAGAAAAAAUUUCUCUCUUGCACAAUGUUCAACUUUGGCAAACAUGGUCCUGAUGUCAGAGGAGGUGCUGGAUGAGCUAGACUUCAAUAAGUACAACAUCAAAUCAAAAGAGGGCAGAAGGAGACUGGUACCUGCUGUGAGGAACUGCAGAAAAGCUGCAUUAACAGCCUGUAAUCUCGCUGAUCAACAUUGUGAAAUUGUGGCUUCAGCUCUACAAUCAUCAAACUCCCCACUGAGAGAGCUGGACCUGAGUAGAAACCACCUGCAGAAUUCAGCAGUGAAACUGCUCUUCGAUGGACUGAAAAGUCCAAACUGUCAACUCAACGUACUGAGAUUAACUGCCUGUAAUCUCACUGAUCGGCACUGUGAAAUUGUGGCUUCAGCUCUACAAUCAUCAAACUCCCCACUGAGAGAGCUGGACCUGAGUAACAAUCACCUGCAGGAUUCAGGAGUGAAACUGCUCUCCGCUGGAUUGAGGAGUCCAAACUGUCAACUCAACUUACUGAGAUUAUCUCGUUGUUUGGUGACAGAAGAAGGUUGUGCUGCUCUGUCAUCAGCUCUGAGUUCAAACCCCUCACACCUGAGAGAGCUGGAUCUGAGCUACAAUCACCCAGGAGAUUCAGGAGUGAAGCUGCUCUCUGAAACACUCAACCAUCUGGACACACUCAAUCUGACAGGCUGUAAUCUCACUGAUCAGCAAUGUGAAAUCGUGGCUUCAGCUCUACAGUCAUCAAACUCCCCACUGAGAGAGCUGGACCUAAGUAACAAUGACCUGCAGGAUUCAGGAAUAAAGCUGCUGAUUGGACUGAAGAGUCCAAACUGUCAACUCAGCAUACUGAGAUUGGUCAGCUGUAAUCUCACUGAUCAGCACAGUGAAAUUGUGGCUUCAGCUCUACAGUCAUCAAACUCCCCCAUGAGAGAGCUGGACCUGAGUAACAAUGAUCUUCAGGAUACAGGAAUAAAGCUGCUGUGUGCUGGACUGAGGAGUCCAAACUGUCAACUCAACAUGCUGAGAUUAUCUGGCUGUAUGGUUACAGCAGAGGGUUGUGCUGCUCUGGCAUCAGCUCUGAGUUCAAACCCCUCACACCUGAGAGAGCUGGAUCUGAGCUACAAUCACCCAGGAGAAUCAGGAGUGAAGCUGCUCUCUGAAACACUCAACCAUCUGGACAAACUCAAUGUGGAUCAUGGAGGAGAGUUCAGGAUCACAGCAGGACCUCAAAGAUACGCCUGUGAUCUCACACUGGAUCCAAACACAGCAAACAUUCGACUCGUUCUGUCUGAGGAGAACAGAAAGGUGACGCGUGUCUCUGAGCUACAGUUAUAUCCUGAUCAUCCGGACAGAUUUGAUGAGUAUAAUCAUCAGGUUCUGUGUUCAGAGAGUCUGACUGGACGCUGUUACUGGGAGACUGAAUGGAGUGGAGCUGGAGCUGUUUAUAUAUCAGUGGCU